AUGAAGGAGAAAGAUUCCACAUCCGCCUCCGACUCGGACAGAACAGACGGCGAAAUCUCAAUCCCAAACGACCAGAACAUCGCCGGCUUCAAGCCCAGCCACAACACAGAAACAGAUCCUGCCUCGAAUGUUGACCCACCACCAGAUGUGGUCCCAGAUGGAGGUCUCACAGCUUGGCUCCAAGUCCUAGGCUCGACCGCUAUCCUCGUCAACACCUGGGGUCUUAUCAACACCUUCGGGGUCUUCCAGGCCUACUACGAAACAACCCUCCUAUCCUCCCAUCCACCCUCCUCAAUCUCAUGGAUCGGCUCUACCCAAGCCGCCCUCCUCUUCUUGGUCGGCGUGUUCGCCGGUCCUCUCUAUGACGCCGGCUACUUCCGCCACCUCCUCAUCACCGGCAUGUUCCUCAUCGUCUUCGGCCAGUUCAUGACCUCGUUAUGUACCGAGUACUGGCAAGUCCUUCUCGCGCAAGGGUUUUGCAUGGGGAGCGGCAUGGGAAUGACUUUCCUACCUUCAGCUGCGAUCCUCAGUCAGUACUUUGCCCGCCAUCGGGCGUUAGCCUUGGGCAUCGCCUCGGCAGGGUCGCCAGUUGCCGGGACGGUUUUUCCGAUCAUCUUUUCAAAGUUGGAGAAGAGCCUGGGUUUCGGCUGGGCGACGAGGGUGAUCGCCUUCAUCCUGCUGGGAAUGUCGGUCAUACCAGUUGCGUUCAUGAAGACCAGGGUGCCACCUCACAAGGGGAAGAAGUCGCUGGUCGACAAGAGCCUUUUCAAGGAUGGUCCAUAUUUGAGCUUCACCGCUGGCGGUUUCUUUGCCUUCUUGACGCUCUAUGUCCCGUUCUUUUACAUCACGCUGUAUGGCACAUCGCAGGCGUCGGUUACCGAGUCCUUUGCGCCGUAUCUGGUUACGUUGGUGAAUGCCGGGUCGAUUUUUGGCAGAAUUAUCCCCAACGCGCUGGCGGAUCGGUUUGGGUGCCUGAACCUCAUGCUCGUUUGCAUGUCGGGGAGUGCGAUUCUCGUCUUCGGCUGGCUGGGAGUUAAGAAUCUCGCUGGAUCAGUGGUUUUUGUACUGCUGUAUGGUGCCUUCUCGGGCGGCGUGGUCAGCUUGACACCUAGUGUUGUCGUCGAGCUAUCUCCUGAUCUUUCGAGAGUUGGAACCAGAAUGGGUUUUGGGUUCAUUGUCUCUGGAACUGCGGUUCUGAUUGGGACGCCCAUUGCGGGUGCGGUCUUGGGUGGUGAGAGUGCCAAUGCCAGAUGGGUGCCGACGGUCCUGUAUGCUGCCUGUGGGCUUUUGAUUGCGACGUUUCUCUACUCGACAGCGAGGUUUUUGCAGUAUAGAAAGAAAGGAGGGUGGUAG